GACACAAGUUGAACAUUCCACUGUCACGUUGAAACCACCAACACUUCACUCAAGUUAUCAAAAUGAUGAGGAAUUUACCUCGAAACGAGACUGAGGGGCAAAACGAGGCCACCACCCGCGGCGCCAUAGAGGGGGGACUCGUCGGCUCAGCAAUCGUAGCACCGACGUGGUACAUGUUGAAUCGCAGAUGGCCCGCAUUUCGCGCGAUGCCUCGUACGAUUAAGACACUGGGAGCCGUCAUCCUCAUAGCACCCCUGAUCUCCAUCAGGGCGGAGCACCGUGGGUUAGAGUUUCAUCGCCAGCAUUGGACAGGAAUUGGAAAGACGGAGAUGGAGAGGCGGGUAGAGGAGGAGCGGGCGAGGUGGGCUACGUUGAGUCCGAAGGACAAAAUAGCGGAGUGGGCAGCGAAGCACCAGCUCAGUGUCAUCGUUGGCAGCUGGGCCCUCACUAUGGGUCUUGUCGGCAGUAAAGUCAUGCGUGAUCCUUUGAUGUCCAUGCCGAACAAGAUUGUUCAAGUGCGUCUCUGGGCGCAGGGGCUUACCAUUGGUGUUAUCAUUGCUACAGCCGCGCUGACGCACUCGCAACGGGCACAGGCAACCAACAUGAGAAAGUACUCUCCGGAUCAUACUUGGGCCCACCUUCUGGACGAACAGCGUCUUGAGAAAGAACGCGCACAUAAGGCAUAGCAGUUGUCCUGUGCAUGUUGUUGGUAGUAUGCAUCUUUUUCUGUUGUAUCAAUACGCAGCCUGUUACCUGUACAUUAGUUCUGACGUUAGCACAAUCCAACC